AAUAGAUUAAUUAGCAUAUAUAUUUGCUGCACACACGUGACACUGCCGCUUAUUUAUGUUAUUGUUAUAGGCUAACAUCCACCCUAGCUAAGCUAGGCCUAGGCCCUAGCUACUACUACAGUACUAGAAACAACAAAUGUGGUUGUGCUAUUAUAAUGGAUUUUGAUGCAGUUUUGCAAAAAGUAGGGACCUUUGGAAAAGCACAAAAACUGUACACUUUCCUUGUUAGCUGGAUGUCUGUCUGGGCAGCUUCUGUGACCUUCAACCAUGUUUUUGCGGCCCGUGAGCCACAGUUUACUUGCGAGGGCUUUGAAAAUUUAACAAAAACUGAAAUCUGUGAUUUGGAUGUGCCUUGCAAUCAUAUUUUCAACCUUUCAGAGUUUUCAUCAAUGGUUGCGGAUCUUGAUCUUGUCUGUGAGAGGUCGAUGUAUGUAACCUAUGGAACAUCCAUAUUCUUUUUGGGUGUUCUUGUUGGGGUCUUCACCAUGGGGGUGCUAGCAGAUAAGUUUGGGAGGCAGAAGGUGAUGUCAUUUGGCAUAAUUCUCUUUGUCAUUGUCUCUGCAUCUGUAUGUGCCAUUCAUGAUGUCUGGCAACUUUUUCUUUUACGGUUUUUGUGUGGUUAUUUAGGAGGGGGAACUGGUGUGGUAUCUUAUGUUCUACUUACUGAGGUCAUUGGUCCAGAUUGUCGUGAAGCUAUUGGUUUCAUUUUUAAUUCGGCAUUUUCUGUCGGAUUUGCUGUUUAUGCAUUGUUUGCAUACUUAAUCUACAACUGGCGUUUAUUAACAGUAGUCUCAAUGGCACCUGUACUAAUAUGUCUUAGCAAUAUUUGCCUCAUCCCAGAAUCUCCACGAUGGCUUGCUUCAAAUGGUCAACUCUCGCAGGCAGAGAGUAUCCUAUAUCGUAUUGGAAAGACGAAUGGGAAAAAAAUUGAGAAAUCAUCUAUUUCUUUAAAACUUGUUAGUGAAACAAAAAAGACACAGAAUUCUGUCUUUGACCUUGUACGUACGAAGGUCAUGCGCAAGAGAAUUUUAAUUCAAUGGAUCAAUUGGUUUACAUGCAGCAUGGUGUAUUAUGGGAUGUCCCUAUCGUCAGCCACCCUUGGCGGCAACCCUUACGUCAGCUUUGCUGUUUCUGGCCUCAUUGAAAUUCCAGCAAAUUAUUUCGCCUACGUGUUGAUGCGAAGGUGGGGGCGUAAGCCAUGCAUGUUGCUUUCCUAUUUUCUGGGUGGAUUUGGAUGCGUUGGCCUGUUAAUAAUUCAGCCUGAUGAUGACAAUAAAAAGGUGGCACUGACAAGGACAGUGUUUGCAAUGAUUGGUAAAUUUGGAAUAUCAAGUGCAUUUACUGCUAUAUAUGUUUAUUCCGUUGAGCUGAUACCAACGGUUGUACGGAAUAGUGGUAUGGGCACCUGUUCCAUGGUUGCCAGGAUUGGUGGCAUAAUUGCUCCAGAACUUGAUACAAUGGGAAAUGCGGCAAUGUAUGUGAUGUAUGGUGCCGCAUGCUUUCUUACUGGAUUUCUUGACUUCUUUCUUCCUGAAACAUUGAACAAAUCACUACCAGAACACAUAGCAGAGAUUGAAGGGAUCGCAUACAAGUUGGUGGCUCAGGAUUCAGGGGAGGAGGAUGCUCAGGUAUUUAGCGAUGCAAACAGUGCUGAUUUAGACUGGGAUAUUGGGACUGGGAUGCUUGAAAGGCAAACUGACAUAGACGGUCUACUGGGAGAAAAUACUAUUCUCAGUUUUCGGUAUGGUAAAAGUAAUGAUAAUGAAAGAACGUGGGAAGUACCAGUUGGAGGUAAAGAAAAUGGCAUUGAAAUGACUUCUCUUAAAGUAUAUGAAUAUGUUGAUGAUGAGGUAGAAAUUCUAUUUGAUCGAAGCAACACACUCUAAUUUAUGAAGACAAGGUUAAUGACGAUACAUUCCAUGUAUUGUAAGCUUUUAAUGAACUAUGUGGUGUGUGAUUCUUGUAAAUUCAAUUUCAAAUGUGGAAAGAUAUUUUUUAUAUAGAAUUUUUAAUGUUAAUGAAGUAAUUUUAUUUAUACUAUCAUUAUAAAUAAUUGUGGUUAGAUAAUUAAUGUAAUGUUUAUAUGCCAUGAGACCUACCACACUUGAGUAGAAACAGCAGUUUUGCUUAGCUGUUUUACACUGUCUUUCACUAUACAGCAGGUGUGUGAUUCUUGUAAAUUCUAUUUCAAAUGUGGACACAUAUUUUUAUAUUGAAUUUGUAAUGUUAAUGAAGUAAUGUUAUUAUUUAUACAGUCAUUAUAAUUAAUUAUGGUUAGAUAAGUAAUGUAAUGUUUAUAUGCCAUGAGGCCUACCACACUUAAGUAGAAACAGCAGUUUUGCUUAGCUCUUUUACACUGUCUUUCACUAUACAGCAGGUUAAAUGCUGAGCUAAUUUUAUAGCUCACCGGGUGAGUCAAAUGGUCGAGACCUGUAGUCAUAAUAUCCAAGCGGCACUCUUGCCUUUGUUUCUGGGUGAAACAAGUCCUCUCGAAUAAGGACUAUAAACCGUAGACACAGUGUACAUAAUUAAUAAUUAGCUCAUGUGCACUUUAAAGAACCCAGUAUCUUCUGAGACGAUUACGGGGUGUACUGGCCCAUACAGCCCCUACUGUGGACAGACAAGUAGCUGGUACCAGUUUACCGGGUAGCUCAGACAUGAAGUGACCCUACACCGUGUUUCCACAGCACUUACAAUUUCUCCGAUAAUAUCUCCAAUAAAUUCCCUCCAAAUAUUUUAUCGCAUUAUGCAAUAUUAUGGACAACAAUGCAAUGUUUUUUAACACCAAAACAUCUGUUUUAUUGACCUAGAAGGUGACCAUUUUUUUGAGCGAGAUGGAUAGGCCUAGGCCAAGAACAAAAUCGUAUGGUACUAUUUCACUCUGGAAAUGUACUGUCACAGUGAUGUUUCAUUGUACUAUAGGGAUUGAAAAGAAGAUGAAAAAGAAUGCCAGAUUUGUUUAAUGUGCUUUACAGUACAAUAGGGAGGGAUAGACUUAGGUCCAGCCAGGCAUCGUCGAUGUCGAGCGCAGCCUUUUUAGGCUUUUUAUAUAUAUAGUAACUACAAAAAAUGUAAUCAUUUUUUAUUAUGAAGUAUUUGAUACUCAGCAGGGCCCUAGCCCUACCAUCUACUAGUUGCCUUAGAAACUAACUACCCAAAAGAAUUCUUUGCAUUGCCAUGAUUUGAAAUUGGUCAACCUAAUUUAUUUUCUCAUUCAGAGCUUUUUCCGAUAAAUUAUAUGAUUCUCAUAUGAAAGUUUAUCGGAAAAUUUGUUGCCCCAUUUCCACAGCGAAAAAAAACAAAAAUGGCCUUAGGGGAGAAGAAAGUUACUGUACAACCUAGUUUUUGUAGCUUAAGUAUUAUUUGCUUUGGAAAUUGUGCAUGUCAUAGAUUUAUCUUCUGGGCAAAAGCAAUGUAUCAACAGAUACCUUUUUACAGCUACAGUACUCAAUUCCAUACCAAACUACUGUAAAUGGUAAGCAGCUCAUUCAUUGCAACUUGGCUUCAAACUGUUUUAAAAUAUAGUACUGCAAUAUUUCCGCUUUGUAAAAAAAGUUCAGUCUGCCAAUGGUUCAGAACAUUGCACAUUAUAAAAAAGACAAGGUACAUCAUAUAUAGGGUAGAACAAUGUUGAUCAUGAUAAGGGUAGACACUUUAUAAAAACAAAAGAAAACAACAAACAAAUAAACACAUCAAAAAAAAUAUGCAAAAAGUAAAUAAAAUAUUCCUUAUUUGCUGAAUAGAGAAGGGGACAAAAAAAUAAAUACAACCCAACUGACUCAGACAUCAAAAAUAUUUCUAAUGCCCCAACAAAAUGCUUGGGCAACCAACACAAUUCCUUAACUUUGAUAAAUCUUUGAUUACAAUGACAGUCUACUUAAACUUGAGUGGGUGCCGGGAUUUAGAAGCGAAGUAUAGAGAUAGUAAUAGGUGGACAAAUUACAGGGGGACUUAGUUGAGUGGGGAAGAAUUAGUUAAACAGCAUUGCAAGGCAAGAAUAAUGGUGCCUUAGUUUAUAUUAUAUGGUACUUGUAUAUAUAUAUUACAUUAUUUCACCUUAAAUAUGUUUUUUAUAUAGCCUAGUAGUUAAAGUAAUAUAUUUUUACAGUCAAUAUAUCCAUUACACUUAUUCAGUUUGGGCUACACAGCAUGACUAUCUAAGUGCAUAAAAUGAGUUGUAAUAUUUUAUUAAAAAGGGACAAGUGGGUAAGGGAAGGGAAGAACAUGUAUUGAAUUGAAUUUAUUUAGCAAUCAGAGUAAAAUACAAAAACAAUGAAUAUGAUACAAGGAAAAAAAAACAAAUACUAUUGAAAACUCUGAAAGUAAGGAAUAGCCCAUAAAGGUUUCAAAGAAACGUAUUUCCAUUGGGAUCCUGCAAACGAAACAUUCAAUUGCCAAAAUGAAUAACAAUAUGAAAAUGGUAUCCACAAUUAAAAAGAAUAAACUUAGCUAAAAUUUAAAAAUGAUUAUUUACAAUUUUAAAGUUUAAGACAAUAUUAAAAUAUCAACAAUUUGAAAAAAAAUAAAAAUCAAUAUAACCGAUUGAAACUCAUUUAAAAUAGACUUUACGCUAAUUAAAAUUCAUCUGAAAGAAAUUCACUUUGAUAAAAAUGAAGACCACAGAGGAACAGGUGAGGCAACAUGAGAAAAAAAUUGAAUUUCUAUACAUUGUAAGGAAAUAAACUACAUGAACAGUGUUAGGAUUUCAAAUCUCAUGGGAACUUAGAUGAGUAAGGUAGGAAUUAGAUCGGCCAAUGAAGAAAAAAAAACCGUCAAUUGUUUUUAUUUUAAUGUAAUUUUAUAUUAAUAUGUUUUGUCAGGUGCUGCUCUUAAGAACCUUGAACUCCCAUUGAGAGUAAUAUACUGUCCAAGAUAAUCAACAUUUGCAUUAAGAAUGCCAUUUCUAUAGUUUUUUCAUAGGCACUUAAAUUUAAAUCAAGUUAACUUGCUUUGACCAGUUUCAUUAUAAGUUCAUAACAAUUCAAUUUCUUUUUACAAUAAAUUUGAAAUGUUUUUUUGUUCAAUUGAAAUUGAAUUCUAAGAGAUAUUUUUUCAGAUUUUGCCAGAAUAUAUCAGUGGUGGACCAUAAGGUAGUUAAAAGGGUAUGCAGGGUGUUUGAUAAAAAACCAGUUGAGGCAUGCCUUCUCAAAACCAGUAUCAAUGCACAAAAAAUUACACUCUUGAUUAAGCGCCGCACCAAUCAUGAUUUUUUUUUUCACUAGUCGCCGCUCUUGAAUAUGCGCCGCAACGGUGAUUUUACUGACAUGGGGGACCCAUGACUCGUCCUUACGCCAUUGUAAAGUUUACAAUACUGCCAAAUUCUUUUUCUAAUUACUCAGUUCAACAUAUAGCGACAAUAUGGCAUGCCUCAAAUGUGAAUUUGAUAAUUUUGCUAAUGUUCCAUAUCAACAGCGUUAACGUACUCCAACAUAUGUGUUUGUGGGAAAACACUUUUGUUGGACAAGUGUGUAUCCCUUGUUCUGUUCUGAAUGGUCAGUUGUUAAGUCAGAUCAGGGGUGAGCAUAAAAAUGGGUCAGAGGGCCAACGUCAAUUUUUGAUUUAACACCAAGGUUCACACCCAAACUUUAAUGUUUCCGGUGCGCUUCCAAAUACCUUCAUAGACUAUUUUUUAAAGGGUUCUUGCUCAGCAUGUCUUACAAAUAAUUGGUUGGAUGGUUGGCAGGCCGCACCCAUUGGGUUUUUAAUUCAUUUUCGUGGGCCACAAAAAAAAUUACUGACCGCAUUUGCUCACCUGUGAGUUAGAUUGACAUUUUGGAAAGGUCUGUUAUUUUAAGUAUAGCUUAUAUUAUCAAAAAUGUAUAUUCAUAAAGAAUGUUAUGUUCAUGUAUAUUCAUUUUAUUAAGACAUGGUCUGAAUAGAAUUAUUUACUCAAAAUACAUAUAUAUAUAUAUAUAUAUAUAAAUCAAGAUAGCCGUUAACACUGUUAAAUUAUAUAUAAUAAUUUAUUUUAUAUAAUUAUAAAUAUAUAUAUAUAAGGGUCCCCCCUUUACAUCUGCCCCUGUGUUAUGUUUAUGUAUUUUUAAGAUAUAACCUGAACAAAAUUAUUUAUUCAAGGCAUACAUAUUAAUCCAGAAUGUCAUGUUCAUGUAUAUUGACCUGAAUAAAAUUAUUUAUUCAAGGUAUAUAUAUAGAAUUGUAUUAUAAUACUUAUAUAUAUAAACAAAGAAUCUAUUGUGGUGUAAAUGAUGUACUAAUUUAGAAUCUUUUUAUAGUACUGCUAAUUUGUAUAUCAGUUGCGUAAUGUCACAAAUAUUGUAUUUUUUUAUGUACUGUAUGUUUUUCAAUGGUUAUGGGAAUAAAGUGCACUUCGUCCACUGUCAGUA